AUGGCUUCUAGUGAAAAUUAUCAAAUCGACGCGCUCGUGGUUGAGGAGGUACCGGAGGAGGAAGCAGAAUUAAUCCGGUUGCUAGAGUCAUUCGAGCUGUCCCAAAAAACUAUUGAAUGCUUUCUUGCGAAUCAAUACAAUGUUCAGACGCUGAAGCUCGUCGAACGCCAUGAAGUAGAGGAGUUAAUCCCAUAUCCAUUUCUCGCAGAAAGGACGAAGUUUAUUUACCAUCUGAACUGCUGGAGAAAAGAACAGGUAAAUCCUAGAUUACAGAAUCUUCCAACACUAGACAAUCAGGCAAUCAUCCACUACGAAAGUCCAACAAAAGAUCUCAGUAACAUUUCACGAGAUCAGUGCACAGCGACACAUUUACUAAAUGCAUCUGCGAAAGGUCAAGCAAUUAUUAAACGAUUUGCGGAGAAUCCCUUCUUAACGAGAAGCGACAAAAAAAUUAUCACUCAUAUCGUUAUAGACGAGUUUAAGGAUCGAUUCGGAAGACUUACACCUUUAGAACUACAAGUGCGAGCUACCGAGUUAGGACAGAUUUUUCCAAGCGAACCGCAGGAUUCUUGGUACCAACCUACGAACAGCAAGGAUAGCUGUGGGAAUAAAGUGAAAUUACGGAAGCAAGCAAAGGGAAGAUUGUACGACCGCAACUUAAAUUAUAAAUUAAGUACCGCUGCAUGUACUUCAAUGCCGAAGCAGCAGAGUCUGUUGUUGGAUUUCGAGUCAUCAGCAAUAUUAGAAACGCAACUCGCAGAAUACCGUCAAACAAAAACUUGGCUCGAUCAUAACCAAGACGAAUGGGAAGAGGUGCGCAAAAAGUGGCAACAAUUUAGCAAAAUACGAUUUAUAGAGCUGGAUAAAUUGGAAAAUCGGACAUGUGCAUCUAUACUAAAGGAACUACCAACGCUACGAAACCAUCAAGGUUAUCAGCUGGUACAAUUAGAUUUCCAAAAUCGUUUUCCUGGAAAAGAUACGCUUCUCUUUGAUCGGUGGACAAAAUUUGUUUAUGCGGUUCGGCCAAUAUUAGAUGCUGAAGUAAGAGACUCUGAAGGACGAUCUCUCCUUGCCCUUUUAGACAGUGACAACAUACGUAAUGAUGCCCGUGAUGCGAUCAUCGUCUCUCUUUUAGUCCAUAUUCUGCCAAGUCCAAUUCUUACUUUAACAGAUAAGAUUCGUUGGAAACCCACAAUUUUAGAAUCGAAAGAAAGCAUCUUGGUUUAUGUACAAAAUCAGCCUUUUUUGGAAUCGACACUAGCACGACUGUUCAAUGCAUGGCGCAGUAAAGGAGUACCUGCAGUGCCUUUAAUUGUGGUUUUCGGAGAGGAUAAAAUUAAUCUAACCGGUUUCACCGUUUGGACCAACGCAGUUCCUUAUAAAUUUCCAAAUUUUUUGAAAGCUUUGGACAUAUGCAUAAAAUUCUAUAUGACAUACGACAUCGAUUUCCCACGGCAAUCUGUAGCUGCUUGGAAAUUACUGAGCGAAUGUUUAUUCGAUUUGUCGCCUAGUUCGGAUCAAGCAAAUGUGAAGGCGUUACGCUUGGCAAUUUGCAGCAAAUUCGAUUGA